AUGAUGACAACGGUGGUGGCGGCCCACCUCAUGGAGAGCCAGGUGCCUGUGAAUCCAGUGUCUGGACAGGAUGAGAUGAUCAUUGUCAUUGGUAUCACAAAAAACAAAAGCUACAAAGUCACCGGCCACUGGCAUACCAAGAAGCUACCCCACAAGACCGGGCAGAGGCUGCAUAAGGUUGCCUGUAUUGGGGCAUGGCAUUCUGCCAUGGCCUUCUCUGUGGUUCAGGCUGGGCAGAAAAGCUACCAUCACCACACUGAGAUCAACAAGAAGAUCUACAAGACCGGCCAGAGCUACCUCAUCAAGGAUGGCAAAGUAAUUAAGAACAAUGCUUCCACUGAUUAUGAUAUGUCUGAUGGGAGCAUCAACUCUCUGGGUGGUUUUAUCCACUAUAGUGAAGUGAUCAAUGCCUCUGUCAGGCUGAAAGGCUGUGUGCUGGGAACCAAGAGUCAACAGCUUAUUUUCUGCAAGUCCUCACUGGUACAGACCAAAGGACAGGCCCAGAAGACUGACCUCAGCUUCAUCAACACCACUUCCAAGUUUGGCUCUGUCUUAUUCCAGACUGUGGAGGAGAAGAAAGCUUUCAUGGGACCACUUAAGAAAGACCAAAUUGCUAAUGUCAGGAACAGACUGUGCAGCUGA